GUUUUAAUCAGAAAUUUAUGGACUACAAUUACGCCUCAUUAAGAAAGCUUUUAGUUGUUGUUUAGAGUUUCUCGAAAACUGCUUUUGCAGAAGACCGGUCUUUGAAGGCGUAGCAGCAACAUUCAUAGUGAUAUUCGGAAUCAGCAUCGUCGACUACCUAUAGUCCACUCGGUUUCGUUGAAAAAGCGAUUUAUCAGUUGGGGUACCUCCCUCGUUAGUUACUGCUCCUUCGAAAACUACAAAACAUCAAAAAGACGUACAUGAGCCGCGGUAUGGUACUUUUCUUCAGCAAUUUUUUCAGAACUUGGUCUUAGAAAAAUUAUCCUUUUUAUGUAAAUCGAUGCAGAAUUUAAAGCUGUACAAUAUGCUCUUCUUAUAAGGGCUGAUCUCUUUUCUAACCGAAUGACAAAGUUGAAAUGUUUUCAUCGGGAUGAAAGUGCGCCAAAAAUAGACAAUUACGUGUAUUUUGUAGGCGGUUUUUAACAUAGUAAAACUCAAUCCAAAAAUUAUGGUUUUGUGCCCUAAAAACAAUACGUUUUCAUAGUGUGUUGGAAUAGCGUAUAGAAAAUUAUUUAGCAAGUAAAACUGAGAUUUUUUUCUAGUCAGAUGCUGAGUAAAUGAUGUUUCUGUAGUAAUCAAUACUUUUAAUGCUACAAAAGAACCGUACAUGCUUAUUUAAAAAAGAACAUAUCAAUAAAAUCUAUAGAAAAUUUUCUAUCUUUUGGAAUCAGAAGUAAAGUUUCUGAUCGAGUCUAAUUUAAGAAAAACGUCUAUCAGAAACCAGCAAUUUAAUCUGGAUCACCCGUUAGUUGAUUAAAUUUUUAAACAUUUGUGUCUUUUCUAGAUUUAAGUUGUUGUGAAAAUUUUCUAUUUUAUCUGCACUAACGUGUGCAAUUAUUGACGUGCUGUUAUCAAAAUAACAUCAUAAUGGUAUUCGAACAUUUAGCCGUCUAUGUACUCGAUAAAUAUUUGGGAGAUUAUAUUGAGAAUUUAGAUUCAAAAAAGCUCAAAAUUGACUUAUGGCAUGAUGUCCACUAUGAUCCCGAACGAGAUGAACAAAAACAACACGACGACAAAAUGAAAGAAGUACACAAAGUCGAACAAUUUCGUAAAGAAAGAGAAGAAUAUGGUUUUGAUUAUUCUGUUAGGGUUUGGUUUUCCAGAAAACCGGGUCUUAAAGAGUCAUCGGCCGAUAUCCUUCUAGGCUUUUUACCUACUCGAGACCCCCUAUCGAAUGAUCGUCAAGAUACAUUUAUGGAACGACUAAAAUUACAUAUUCUUCGUAAUCUGGAAUUGUCAAUUAGCAGUAUUCACAUUGCCUAUGAAGAUCAUACAACAAAACCUGAUCAUCCAUUUUCAAUUGGUAUUACACUCAAUUACGUCGAAUUUCAAACCACGAAUUCUGAAUGGGAACAAAUGGUAUCGAAAGAAGAAGCGCCGGUCAUGUACAAAGAAAAACUAGAAAAAAGUAUUGUCAAGAAUGAACAGACAGCAUCAUCAGAUCAUAUGACUUACAUUCUUCAACCACUUAAUAUGCAAGCAAGGUUGAAAAUUGCUAAGACACCUCAUGAACAAGAUUAUGUACAACCGGUAUUCGAUGCAAAAAUCGAUUUGGAACAAAUUAGUAUUAAUCUCAAUCGAAAUCAGUAUUCGGAUCUACUCGAUCUACUCGAAUUUCAAGAUAAUCUCAAUUUGAAAUCGAAAUAUAUUAAAUAUUAUGAAAUGAUCGACAACGAUGCUGCGGAGAUAAAGCCAAGUUUGCGACGAUGGAAAUUUGCCUAUGUUGCUAUUUUGAAUGAAGAAGUUCGACCACGUCUUGCAUCGUAUAAAUGGGAAACAAUCAAAACAAGUUUGGAUCGAUUUCGCGAGUAUCAUGACCUUUAUUUCAAGGAUUUAACGGGCGAUUUGAGCAAAAAACAACGACAACAUGCUGAAGAACUCGAGAAAAAGAUUGAUGUACUCAGUUUGAUCUAUAUUCGUCGAACAGCAGAAAUCGAAAUUAAAAAGAAGAAAGCCGAACAAAAAGAAAAAUCUUGGUGGGACAAAUUGACUAAUUGGUGGAAUGAUGAACCGAACAAAGAGAGUUCAGAAUUCAAUCUUGACAAUGCAAUGACAGCUGAUGAAAAGAAAAAAUUGUACAAUGCUAUUGGUUAUACUGAUGAUGAGACAUCAGCAGCUUAUGCGGAACAAUAUGUUGAUAUUAGUCUAUCAGUUCAACUGAAUAUGCUUGAAGUUAAUGUCUGGUCGAAUAUCAAAGACAACGAUUCACGGUUUCAAAUUAUUGCUUGUGCCGCUGUACCCAAUGUUGGUUUGAUAUUCCAACGGCGUCCGGCGAAAUCGGCUUUUCUAGUUGCAAUCGAUUUGGAUUCAUUUCAACUAUGUGGUAUUGCUACAGCUGCAAUCGAAACCGGAAUAUCGAAUAUCAAUCGUCCCAUUCUUGCUCAACCGGCAAAUCGAAUUCAAUUAGAAAAAAAAAAUCUCUUACAUAUUGAAUAUGAAACUAAUCCAUUCGAUCGACCAUCAGACAAUCACGAUGAUUGGUAUAGUGCACGUAUUGAACAAGAUUCUCCGCUGCAUUUGAUCAAACCGAUUACAGUCAAUGUGAAUAUCCACAAAUGUAUUUACACCGAUAAUCCUGUAUUACCAGCUUGGAAAAUCGAUGCACAAGUUUCAGCAAUCGAUGCUCGAUUAUCAAAUGCACGUAUUUUCAAUGUUACUAAACUUUAUCAAUCAAUUCCAUUUCCUGAAACGAAAGAAGAACAAAUCGAAACCGAAGUACAUGUGGAGUCAACAGCAUUCGGAGUUACUGUAUCUCAUAAAGAUACGAAAAAAACAUUGGAAGCAGUGGAAAAUAUGACACCAGUACAAAAGAUCUUGGAAGAAGCGGCCAGUGCCGAAGAGGAAGGAAAAACGAACGAUCAAACGUCGGUAGAAAUCGUGAAGAAAAAAGUCAAUUCACAAGAUCAACUCAUCGAAGUCAAAGCUACUUUUGAACUUCCACGAAUUAAUUUACUCAUCGAAGAAUCUUUAACGAAUUUGUCCAAUGAUACUCAACCAUUUGUUCGUAUGUCAAUUUUCUCAAUAGUUGCUCGAGCGACAAUUAAAACAUACGAUAUCGAUUUCGAUAUAUCUGUUGCCGAUUUGAUCGUUAUUCAUGAACAAUUUAUUACUAAAACGAAUGAUCGACUUCGUCUCAUUGCUGUUGAACAUCAUCGCGAUCGUGUAAAUGAUCCAUUUAUUAGUAUUCAUGGUUUGUUAACAUCAUCUGUCAAUCCAUUACUUGCCUCAACUCCUUACAAUGGAAUUGAAAAUCAAGUGAAAGUACAUAUUGGCAAACCUGUCCUACUAUUACAAUUGGAACCACUUCUAUCCAUUGUUCGAUUUAAAAAUGAUCUUAUGGAUAAAAUAUCUAAAGAACAACAGCGUAUAUCGAACAAACGAAUGGGAAAUAAACGAGUUCCAUCGAAAAAACCGACUCCGAAAUAUAUUGUUAAGAAAGAUCCACUAUCAGUGAUGCCAACAUUUCAAAUCGAUGCUGAUCUCGAUGGAUUACGUGCAAUUAUUGGAUCAGAAUUUGCUCAAAUACUUGAUAUUCACAUUCAAGAUCUUCAUGUACAUGCAUUCAAUUCGAUCGAAAAAACAUUGGUUAAUUUGAUUGUGAAAGAUUUUUAUGCUGUCGAUCCUAGUCCAACAGCACGCCAUCGAAAGAUUAUUUCACAACAAGGUGAUGAUAAACAAUUAUUACGUGUCGAUUUUUCUCUAUUCAACUAUUCGAACAAACACGAGAAAACACUCGAUGAAGUCGAUUGUGAAGUCAAAGUGCAAUUGACCAAAGUGAGCAUGGUCCUUCUCUACAAACAUGUGGACCUCAUUUUGAGCAUGAUCAAUGUAUUUCAAACGAAAAAACCUCAACAGGAUGUUCCUUCGAAUCAGACAAGUACCGUUUCUGAUACUAUAGAAAAAUUUCAAAGACAAGCACGAAAACUUCGUCUGGAUGUCACAAUCAAUGCACCGAGUAUAUUCGCUCCGACAAGUUCCUAUUCGAGCGAAGGACUUUUUCUUGAUUUGGGUCAAUUAACAAUUCAAACACAUUUUAUCGAUGAUCCAAAUCGAUUACUUGUCGAGCAACAAAUAAUAACUAUCAAUAAUUUAUUUGGAAGACGAGUUAAACUAAAUAAGAACAAUGAAAUUCUCGGUGAUAUCGGUGUACUCGAAUGUGCCGAACUUCAUACAUUAAUUGAACGUCUCUUAUAUCCGGAAAAGAUUCAAAAUGAACCAGAAAUUACAAUUCAACUCAAUUGGGAUACUAUUCAAUUUAUAUUAGCAAAAGAUGAUUAUGCAUGUAUAAUGAAAAUAUUCAAGGAUAAUUUUACAGAGAAAAUUCAUCACAAAAUACCAAAACCUGAUGUUCAAGAACAACCCAAGUACAAAGAGACGAAUCAAGAACAAGUUAUUGUUACAAACAAUAGGCAAGAUAAGUCUAAUGAUAAUAAAGUUUUAGAAAAAAUUUGUUUCGAUGCUCUAAUCAAGAAAAUUGCUUUAACAUUGUAUCUUGGCGAAUCGAACAUAAAUACACAACAGGUAUCACGUAAUGAAAAUUUGAAAUUUGUUGAUUUACGAUUUGAAAUGCUCAAAGCUCACUUUCAACAAUUGUCCGAUUCGAGUUACAAUGCCAAUGCACAAAUUCAAGAACUCGUCUUGGAUGAUCUACGUGAAACAAAUCAAUCCGAUAGUAUUACACGUAUGAUCAAUCGAAAUUUCAAUGUCGAUCCGAAUAUACCAAUAUUUAAUGUUAAUGUCGAAUUCAAACCAAAGAAAGAGGAACGUUCUAUGGGUAUUCGACAAGUCAAUGGUCAAUUGGAAAGUUUUUAUAUUUGUAUCAGUGCAGAUUAUUUGAUGGCAUUACAAGACUUUUUUGUCUCAAGCUUGUCAUCAGUCGACGAGAUCAAACCGCGUCCAUCACUAAUAUAUUCCGAAACAUUGUCUGAUAUUGAUCGUGACCUUCCAUUGCCAGCCACACUCAUGUUAGCAUAUCAUCGAUCGUCUGAAACAGACAAUGAGACAUCAGAAUCCACGUCAUCUUCUCCUCAGAGAGCGUCGAAUGCUUCCUCUGCUUCCCAACAAUCGUCAUCCGCCGAAACUGAUAGUGAUCUUGAGACAAUAGUUGAUAUCGUUAUCAAGACUCCCGAAAUUAUUUUACUUGAAGAUCAACAUAAUACCAAUUCAAGUUGUCUUGUACUCGGCUUAGCUUCACAGAUACGUAUGGUUAUUGUGGGUGAUAAUACAAAAAUGUCUGGCUCAUUGAAAAAUUUAACUAUUUGUGGUUCGACUUUUGCUGAAUUGAAAAAUUCAAAAAAUAAAUAUCCUAUUUUGGGACCACUCGAUAUCGAUGCUGUUUUGAUCAUGAAUUUGGAAGAGCAAAAAAUCGAUGUACGCAUUGGAGAUAUUACUGUACAAAUUCCUCCGGCAACAAUUCACACGAUUCGUAGUGUUACAAAUUCACUAGGCAAACUUCAAGUAAUGGAAUUUGUAUUGUUUCUUCAUAAAAUAUAA